GCUCGCUCUCAUCACUGAUCAUGUGCCUCGCGCUCUGGCUGCCUCCGGCUCCGCAGCAGGAAGUUCGCCUCCUUCUCUCCCCACUGCUUCUCCUUUCUCCCACGUCUUGACAGCAGCACUGACAGCCUCAUUUUCUCCUCUUUUCCCCUCUCACCUCCCCCUGUGCCGGGCGUGAGAGCUGAGAGAGACCGGCGGCGGACACCGGCAGAGGCCCAUUCCGCCCCGCUCCCUCCUCCUCCGGCCAGGAAGAGCGGGUCAUGGAGGCCCCUGUGACGGAGAAGGAGCCGUCGCCGAUGGACAAGUCCAUGCCUCUGCCUACCUUGAGCCCGGCCGUGCCCCCCUACGUCACUUUGGGCCUGACGGUGGCUUACACCGUCUUCUACUCCCUCCUCUUCAUCUUCGUCUACGUCCAGCUCUGGCUGGUCCUGCGGUACCGACACAAGCGCUUCAGCUACCAGACCGUGUUCCUGUCCCUGUGCCUGCUGUGGUCGGCCCUGCGCACCGUGCUCUUCUCCUUCUACUUCAGGAACUUUGUCACUGCCAACACUCUGGGGCCCUUUCCCUUCUGGCUACUCUACUGCUUUCCUGUCUGCCUCCAGUUCUUCACACUCAGCCUCAUGAACCUCUACUUUGCACAGGUUGUUUUCAAGGCGAAGUCGAAAUAUGCACCAGAGCUUUUGAGAUACAGGCUGCCGCUGUACCUGCUCUUCCUGUUCAUCAGCCUGGUGUUUUUAGUUGUGAAUUUAGUAUGCGCCCUGCUGGUGAGGAUGUCCUCUGCAGAAGCCCACACCAUUGUGCUAGUGAGGGUCGCAAUCAACGACACGCUUUUUGUUCUGUGUGCCGUCUCGCUCUCCCUGUGUCUUUACAAGAUCGCUAAGAUGUCACUGGCCAACAUUUACCUGGAGUCCAAGGGGACGUCAGUGUGCCAGGUGACAGUCAUAGGAGCCAUCGUCAUCCUCCUGUACUCGUCCAGGGCCUGCUACAACCUGAUCGUCCUGGGACUCUCAAACAAGAGUAUCAACUCCUUUGACUACGACUGGUACAACGUUUCAGACCAGGCAGAUUUACAGUCGACUCUAGGCGACGCCGGCUACAUCGUCUUUGGAGUGAUCUUGUUUGUGUGGGAGCUGCUCCCCACUUCUCUCGUAGUUUUCUUCUUCAGAGUUCGACAGCCUAACCAAGACAGGAGUGGCUCUGGCCUUCCUGGUCACAUCUUCUCCUCUAGGGCUUAUUUCUUCGACAACCCACGGCGUUAUGACAGUGACGAUGACCUGGCCUGGAGCGUCAUGCCUCAGAACAUCCAAGCCAGUCUGGCUGCUGACAGCUACGAGUGGGGGAGCCAGAGCAGCGGCAUCGGCGCCUACAUCGGAGAGGACGACAGUUACCACCUCCCUCCUCCUCCAGAGGAGCUCAGCCAUUACUGACUGGAGUUCACGGUGACUCCUGCUGACCUGUGGCAUUGUGUUUUUAUUUGUAUAUUUUUGCACAGUCUCUCUUCGUGGCAGAGGCACAUGGGCCUGAAUGCCGCCCUCUACUCGAUACAUUCAGUUUUCUAUUUUGUCUACAGAAGAUGAACUAACAGACUUUACUCUCGGCCAGUAUAUAAAGGUCCACUAAUGGGACAUUAAUUUUGCACACUCCUUGUACAAAGUAUGAUCUAAUUUUGACUGCUUGUAAACAUUUUCACUGUAUAGUUUAUAUUGAAUACUGCUUAAUAUAUUUCCUGACUUUUGUAAUAUGUACUGUAUUACUAUUUUAUGUACUGUUCUUUUUCAUACAGAUGUUGUUUAUAUAGAGGAGUUAUUCAUUUAAUUCAUAUUAAAAAGUUUAAAUGCUAUGAAAAAUGUGGGGAAAAACGUUAAUGCCAGCACAAAAGUAAAGCCUUAAGCUGAGCUAGUUUUCAAUGAGUUUCUCCUGCAUGAAUCACAUCCUGUCAGAGAUCAGGUACAUAAGUAAAUCUUCGAAUCCUGAAUCAUGCCGCAAAUAGGUUUACAUAAAGCGGUUUAGCAUUGCAUAAUAGCUCUAUAAUAAAGUGCUUGCGGGAUAUUAAUGACUGCUGCAUGAGCAUACAGAUUCUGGGGCCUGGAGACCUUUUGGCCUGAUGGUAAUUCAGCUCUGAGUACAGGAAAGCAUCUCUGAACACAACCAGAUGAAUUCACAGCAGCUGAAAAAGAUAUACUCUGCAUUCCCGUAGGAAUUUACUACCCGGUCAAUACACUAAAAUGUUUAAAUCAUUACUGAAAUAGUGCAAUAGUGCAACAUUUUAAU